UUUGUGAUUCCUCGUUGAAAAAUGAAAAGGUAUCUAGAAUUCUAGAACAUGCGAUGGCAAUUUGCAUUGGACAUGGAUAGAUAGAGAAAUGCCCAAAAUGAGUGGUUCGAAGCUAAGCUUUUAGUCCAAUUCUUCUGACAACUCUCCUUCGUUCCCACACUUGUCAACCAUAAACAAAUUCACUCACCAUGUCCCCCAUUACCAUUUCCUUACAAGCUCUCAUCCAUGGCCAACCUAAUCACUCUCUCUAGCUCCUCUCUCCUCUCUCGCUCCCUCCUCUCAAAACCACUCACUUCCACUCUCACCUUUGUCAGACCCAAAAUCAUGGCCAAGGUUACUCCUGCUGUGAUCGUUGGCGGUGGAAGGGUCGGAAGAGCCCUGCAAGAUAUGGGCAACGGUGAUGAUUUGUUGGUCAAGAGAGGAGACCCUGUACCGCUUGGUUUUAGUGGUCCAAUCUUUGUUUGUACCAGGAAUGAUGAUCUCCAAGCUGUUCUUGAGGUCACUCCUCGAUCCAGAUGGAACGAUUUGGUUUUCUUCCAGAAUGGGAUGCUGGAGCCCUGGUUUGAAAGUAAAGGUCUUGUUGAUGCUGAUCAAGUAUUGGCAUAUUUUGCUGUAUCCAAGCUUGGGGAACCUCCUGUUGAUGGAAAGACUGAUACUAAUCCUGAAGGACUGACAGCGGCAUAUGGUAAAUGGGCAACUGCAAUUGCAGAAAGAUUGCAAGCUGGAGGUCUCUCAUGCAAGGUUCUCGGCAAGGAAGAAUUCCAAAAGCAGAUGCUAGAGAAGCUGAUAUGGAUUUCAGCAUUCAUGCUUGUGGGAGCUCGUCAUCCAGGAGCAACAGUAGGAGCUGUGGAGAAAGAUUACCGCUCUGAAGUGUCUAGCCUGAUUACAGAGCUUGCAUCUGCAGCAGCAGCCGAAAAGAAGCUAGUGUUUGAAGAAGCCAUGGAAGAGAGAUUAUGUGCUUACUCAAGAGCUGUUUCUCACUUCCCUACAGCAGUUAAAGAGUUCAAAUGGAGGAACGGUUGGUUCUAUUCUCUUUCUGAAAAGGCUAUUGCUGAAGGAAAACCCGAUCCAUGUCCUCUACAUACAGCUUGGCUAAAAGAAUUAAAAGUUAUUUAGACAUUGAAUUUUUUGUAUCCCAUACUUUUAUGAGUAGUUUACUUACGGAGAAUGCAUAUUUAUCUUUUAAAAAAUUGUGGGAAUUCAUAUUUUGAAAGUAGAAAAAAAAAAAAAUAAUUUAGCAAACCAUAAGUUGCUGUUCAACCAAUUCUGUUUUCCCUUUCUACCUUUAUUUUUCUUUUCUAAUGUGUCAGCUUAAAAUUUGAUUUGAAAAUGAUUAAUAAGUCAUUGUGUGAUUACGGUUUCUCAUGUUCUUCUCUGUGCAACUGCAAAUCAUUGCGGUCUGAGGAGCUUCGGCGCCACCCUCAGCCUGAUGUUUUUCUUUCUCUUAGAGGUUAUGUGAUCUUUAGUUCUCUAAUCUGUAACUUGGAUUAUGCUGUUGAUUAUAUAUUUAUUUUAUCCUA